GCACCCACCAACACCAACACCAACACCAACACCAAAACAGAAUCAUUACUGUUUUUUUCUCUCCUCUGACACCAUCCACCAUUAAAUGCUCUUGCUCCCCUCUUCUUUUCUUCUAAUCCCUUCAAAAUUUGUUAAAGAUAUCUCUCUCUUCCUGUGGUGUUUCUUUCUUUUGGAGAUCCGAGGUUGUGUUUGGAAGUAUUUCUAUACUCUAUAUACUAAAGUGGGUUCUGCAGCUGUGAUUUUAUUUUUUCUUGCUUUUGGUUCCUUUUCGGUCCAAAAAUAUAGCCACCCCACCCACCCACAUUCUCGUUCUUCUUUACUCUCUCUCUAUCGUGUUUUUCUUUUGUUGACCCUGUAAAUUGUUCUAGCUUCUUCCAUUGCAGGGCUUUUAGCUUCACCAUCUUUAGCUUCUACUAGCUGUGUCUGUUUAUAAAGACAGAAACUUUCUACUCCCCCCCGUCUCUCUCAUUUAUCUCCAAAGAUUAAAAGAAAGAAAUAAAGAGAACAAAACUUUCUUGUUUUUACUCCCUCCCUGCCAUUGUUAGGUGUAACGUCCACCUUGUUUUCUGUCGUUUGACACGGCAAGCGUUUGUUGCCAUCUUUGAUUGCUAAAAAAAUCUCCCCUUUUCAAGUCAUAUACCCCCUUCGCUCCGCUUUUUUGCUUUCUUUCAUGGGGUCCUUACUUUUCUAGCAUCAAAUGUAUCAAAAGUUUGGAUUGAAUUGAAAGAAAAAUGCUACUCAAGUUCUUAGUUCUAGUUGGUUUAGCUCCAUUACUGGUGGUACAAUGUUUGGACUCAACGUUCAAUGAUGAUGUUCUUGGCUUGAUAGUAUUCAAGGCAGGUCUUCAAGACCCGAAAUCUAAACUCUCAUCAUGGAAUGAAGAUGAUGAUAGUCCUUGUAGCUGGGUUGGUGUUAAAUGUGAACCGAAUACCCAUCGGGUUACUGAACUGAUUCUUGAUGGCUUCUCUUUAUCUGGGCACAUUGGUCGUGGCCUUCUAAGGCUACAGUUUCUUCAGGUUCUUUCUUUAGCUAAAAAUAAAUUCAACGGGACUAUAAACCCCGAUCUUCCUAGACUUGGGGGUUUACAAGUUAUUGACUUGAGUGAUAAUAGCCUAUCAGGGUCAAUCCCUGAUGGGUUUUUUCAACAAUGUGGGUCGUUGAGGUCUGUUUCGUUUGCUAGGAAUGAUCUUACAGGGAUGAUUCCUGGUUCUUUGAGCUCUUGUAUGACGCUUUCAAUGGUUAACUUCUCGUCGAAUGGCCUUUGUGGUGAAUUGCCAUCUGGAUUAUGGUAUUUGAGAGGGCUACAGUCUCUUGAUCUAUCUGAUAACUUGUUGGAAGGAGAGAUUCCUGAAGGAAUUGCAAAUUUGUAUGAUUUAAGAGUCAUUAAUUUGAAAAAUAAUAGGUUCACUGGGCAGCUACCAGUGGAUAUUGGAGGCUCUCAGGUUUUGAAACUGCUUGAUUUUAGUGAGAAUUCUUUGUCUGGUAGUCUUCCAGAGUCAUUGCAGAGGCUCAGUUCAUGUGCUACGGUUAGACUAGGAGGAAAUUCAUUCACUGGGGAAGUUCCUGAAUGGAUUGGAGAGUUGACAGAUCUUGAAAGUUUGGAUCUUUCUGCCAAUAGGUUUUCAGGCCGGAUUCCUGUUUCAAUAGGAAACCUUAAUGUCUUGAAGGAAUUGAAUCUGUCCAUGAACCAGCUUACUGGAGGGUUACCUGAGUCGAUGAUGAAUUGCCUAAACCUUUUGGCUAUAGAUGUUAGCCAUAAUCGGUUGACAGGUAAUCUUCCUUCGUGGAUUUUCAAGUCGGGGUUAAAUAGAGUGUCACCUUCGGGCAACAGAUUCGAUGAGAGCAAACAACAUCCUUCAGGUGUAUCGUUGGCGGUCUCUAUUCAAGGUCUUCAGGUCUUGGAUCUAUCUUCAAAUGUCUUCUCCGGAGAAAUUCCAUCUGACAUUGGGGUUUUAAGCAGCUUGCUACUCUUGAAUGCAUCAAGGAACCAACUAUUUGGUUCGAUUCCAUCGAGCAUAGGAGAUUUAACAAUGAUUCAAGCUCUGGAUUUGAGUGAUAAUAGGCUAAAUGGAAGCAUUCCUUCUGAAAUUGGAGGAGCAAUUUCACUCACGGAACUGCGACUGGAGAAGAACUUACUAACUGGGAAAAUUCCCACUCAAAUCAAGAAGUGCUCAUCUUUAGCAUCUUUAAUUCUAUCUUGGAACAACCUUACUGGUCCAAUACCAGUAGCCAUUGCAAACCUAAUCAACCUUCAAUUUGUAGACUUAUCUUUCAACCGUCUCUCUGGAAGCUUACCCGAAGAGCUGACUAAUCUUUCCCAUCUCCUAUCCUUCAAUAUUUCCCAUAACAACCUCCAAGGUGACCUCCCACUCGGGGGUUUCUUCAACACAAUUUCCCCCUCAUCUGUCUCUGGUAAUCCAUCCCUGUGUGGCUCUGUUGUCAACCUAUCCUGCCCUUCUGACCAUCAGAAGCCUAUUGUUCUGAAUCCCAACUCUUCUGACUCCUCCAAUGGCACCUCUUUAGAUCGCCAUCACAAGAUUGUUCUCAGCAUCUCUGCCCUCAUUGCUAUUGGUGCAGCCGCUUGCAUCACCCUUGGUGUGGUAGCUGUUAUUUUCCUCAAUAUUCAUGCACAAUCUUCUAUGGCACGUUCUCCUGCUGCAUUCGCAUUUUCUGGCGGGGAAGAUUUCAGCUGUUCCCCAACUAAUGAUCCGAACUAUGGCAAGCUUGUCAUGUUUUCUGGCGAUGCUGAUUUUGUUGCCGGGGCCCGUGCAUUACUCAACAAAGACUCAGAACUUGGUCGCGGUGGAUUCGGAGUUGUUUACCGAACAAUACUUCGAGAUGGGCGUUCAGUUGCUAUAAAGAAGCUAACAGUUUCAAGUUUGAUCAAGUCUCAAGAUGAAUUUGAAAGGGAAGUGAAGGAACUUGGAAAGGUUAGACAUCGUAAUCUUGUCGCCCUGGAAGGUUAUUACUGGACUCCAACCUUGCAACUCCUUAUUUAUGAAUAUGUAUCAAGUGGAAGUUUGUAUAAGCAUCUCCAUGAUGGGCCUGAUAAGAACUACCUCUCCUGGCGACAUAGAUUCAACAUAAUUCUUGGAAUGGCUAGAGCUUUGGCCCAUUUGCAUCACAUGAACAUAGUUCACUAUAAUUUAAAAUCUACCAAUAUUCUAAUAGAUGAUUCUGGUGAGCCAAAGGUGGGAGAUUUUGGCCUGGCAAAGCUGUUGCCUACAUUAGACCGUUGCAUCUUAAGCAGCAAAAUCCAGAGUGCGCUAGGAUACAUGGCUCCUGAGUUUGCUUGUCGAACUGUGAAGAUAACUGAGAAAUGUGAUGUGUAUGGGUUUGGGAUCUUAGUUUUGGAGGUGGUGACAGGGAAGAGACCAGUGGAAUAUAUGGAGGAUGAUGUGGUUGUGCUAUGUGACAUGGUGAGGGGAGCACUAGAGGAUGGCAGAGUGGAAGAAUGCAUUGAUGGCAAACUUGGAGGAAAAGUUCCAGCAGACGAGGCAAUUCCUGUGAUAAAACUUGGUUUGAUAUGUGCAUCUCAAGUACCAUCGAAUCGGCCAGACAUGGAAGAAGUGGUUAAUAUUUUAGAGCUGAUCCAAUGUCCUGCAGAGGGUCUUGAAGAGUUGGAGUGAACUGGACCUGUAGAGUUCAAGAAAGAAGCACAUAUCAUGUUUUCUCCAAUGAAGAUGAAUCUGGUUGGUUUGUUCAAAAGAAGAAAAAAAGAACACAUUGUUCAAUUUACUUCACAAAAUUUUUGUUGUUUUUGUGAUUUUAUUUUUAUACAAUUUCUUUUUAUGACAAUAUUAUUUACAGUUUCCACUACCGGAUUCCUUUUCACCGGAAUAUUGGGCACCUACAAUGCUGCAUCAAUGGUAUUUCUCCUUAUGGAGUAUAUACUUGACUGGCUCCUCAUCUUUGUUUUAGUGGUAUCUUAUAUUUGUUUCAUGUUGUUUUAUUGUUCACUCAACUAGUAACAGAAAAGUUCUACA